AUGGAUCCGUGCAAAGUUUUGCAGCCACACGGCGUUCUAAUAUGUAAAUCUUGCCGGUACGCUUGUCUUAUACAAGAAGUCACUAACCACCUACGUACGAAGCAUCGGCACCUCAGCGCCCAACAGAGAGCAACUAUCCAAAAGGCUGUCGGACGACUCCCCAGCUUAUUCCACAACCAGGACUCACUCAACUUCUUUACUUUACCGGCGUGUCCCGUUCCAGCCAUUCUAGACCUGGCGGGACCUCACUUUGACGGGCUGAAGUGCGAUCGGUGCCAGUAUAUUGCGCGGCAAGACCGUCUUACACAAGAGCAUUGUCGGAUAGCACACGACUGGGUUAAUCCCCGUAAGCCAGGCCGCACCACGAGGGAGAUACCAGCAUUCAGCAAUCCGUGGCGCUCUGGCGUGCCGUGCCAGCGCUUCUUCAGUUCCCGGCGGGCCAGCGGCUGGUUUGAAGUCAUCAUUCCAGACGCAUCUCUCCCCGGCAGCCCCGGCACCUGAUUUUCUCCACAGUACAACGACGCAGACAGGUACGUGGCUAAUCCAUCAGCUACCUGCAAACUUGGUAUUUCCCAUCGCCAAGUACAGUUUGCCUUCGUGUCCUUUUUCUCAAUCGCCCUCAAAGGGCAUUUUUCACAUUGUCAUUCAUCUUGAGGAGGGAGGUGGCUAAGCCCACCAGCAAAACAGAUACCAAUCACGAUGCGUUGACACGUGCAGUUGGCGCCAGCCGUCAGGCGCAAACGCCACCAAAAUGCCUGACAUGCGGGGUUAGGGAUUCUGACAGGCAUUGACAGGGAAACGCGUCGAGCCCAACGUCGGCCACAACAAUCACAUCACGGGCCAAAGUACUAUCGGGACCACUGU